GUGCACUAACCAUAGAACAGUGGUUAUUGUUUGCAAGUGGUUAAAAUGCUACAGUCAAACCGUGUCUUGCUAAAAGAGCAGACUCAUUUAUAUGCCAUAGAAAAGAAGCUAGUUAGGGUGCUGCCCGUUAUUCAGGAAGCAUUGAAUUCGCUUAAGGUUGAGGAGCUGCAUUUAAAAUCCAAUUCAGUGCAUCAAGUGACGUCCAUGGAAUUAUCAAAUGUGGGCAUGAGCCGGGAAAUCUGUGAUCAAAGCAUGACUACACCGAAUGAGGAAAUAAACCGUCAAGAAAUUGACUUGCAGUUAUUCGAAAACGACUUUCAACAAUUUGAUGUGGAAAUUGAAUCGGACUGACCGAAAUUACAGCUGUUCACAAUCAUUUAUUGGUACAAAUUUAGCUAAUUGAAAAUAUUUGCCAAACUCAUUGCGUACUAAAUUAAAACUAUUUUAAAAUAAAGUAAUUAUAAAAUGU